CUUGUGAUUCUUUACUGUCAAUAAUGUCGGACUAUCAGCAGCAAUUCCAACAGAAUCUGAACAAUCUGCAGAAUAAAGCUUUGUUCCUUGAAUCCUCUAGAAAGUUGGCCGACAUUGCUUUCGAUAAGUGCGUGCAGAAGCCUGAGUCGUCGCUGACUUCGCGUCAGAUUUCCUGCAUUAAACAGAUGAUUCCUUUGUAUUUUGAAUAUACACAAUUUGUGAGAAGCACUCUCCAAUAAUGAAGAAGGUUUUAAUUCUGCUUGGGUA